CUAACUUGAAAUUUGCACUAAGAACAUGAAACUUUGUGAAAUGCGAUUCUUUAAUGACUUGAGUAUAAAAAACAGAUGUGCUUGGUCGUUUAAAGAGAAAAAUUUCCCUUUGUUACCGACCAAUCUUUAUGAAUUUGCUUGGUGAAGAAGUUUCUGUUUAACUCGACAUUACUUUUUAUUUCCGUUCAAUCGAAAGCUACGAAACCGUCAUAAACUCGUGUGGGCUGAAAACGCGUAGGCGUGGUAGAAUUUAAUGGCUUUCCGGAUUGCCAUGUUUCAGGAAACUCAGAGUUUUUCAUUAUCCAAAAUUCGCUACCCUUUCCUUUGUUUACCAUUUUUUCGGUGGUUGUUAUUCUUCGUCUUUAAUGAUUACACAGUUGUAGUCUAUGAUAUGACGUCAUUGCGAUAACUAUCCGGGUACAACCUGUAGUAGGUUUGCGAUUGUAAAAAAUGUUUAUGUUACUUUACUAUCAAUUCAUUCUGAAAUAGAGACUUAAACGGGGUAUCUUUAAAAUUUCAUCGAUUCAAUACCAAAGCUGAAAAAAGGAUAAAAUGUGUUGGAAAUAUCUAGGGGAUUCAUUCCGGUUUAUAAUUAAAAGACAAAGGAGGCAGAAUAGUCGUGACAACAUUCCUUGUCGGGAUUCGGUUUUAACCCGGUGGAUAAUCAAAAUACUAGCUCAGGUAGACAACGUAAGUGUUAGCUUGAACACAACCUUUGAUGUUCUAACAGCUUAUGAGGGAGGGAUAACGUCUACGUAUUUCAUUUUUAAUUCAUAAGGAUAAUAUUUGGCUUAGUUGGUGUAAAUCUUAUGUAGCAAUGACCUGUUGUUUUCCAUUCGUUUACUGAUAUAGUGUAUUUCAAGGAAUAGGUUUUAGACCAAAGUUAUCCAGACGUGUUUUUCAUAUUGUGCGCUACUUUAAAUUGACGGUGACGAAUGUUCGUUCAUUUUGACGUCUACAAUGAUAGUUAAAAGCUGCAACUCAAGAAACUGCCUGGAAGUUCGUUAAACAAACGCACUGUAAGUGUCAGGAGUCUACAGACACUGUAUUUUUUUAAAGUCAUAACAAGUGAGUUUUAUUUUAACAGUCCAGCCUUGCCUUUCGAAAAACCUUGAACUUCCCGUGCCUUUAAUGAAAGCGGAACGGCCUGUAAAAUUUGUCUUUUUCUAGUCAUUUUUCUUUAAAUUAUACCAAAAAAAGGACGCAGACGAAAAGGGCUUGUGUGGGUUUGCCAAAAGAUACUUUCAUAUUGAACGGGAAGAGCGGUAAGAACAGAUCGGACCUGUUUGUGCAAAGAGUUGUUGAACUGCGAUCGUCUCCUCCCUAGUCUAGAGCGGUCGAGUUAUAUCUUGUUAUUGAAUUGCCUAAUUUUGUGCGUGAAUGUCAUCCAUAAUCCUUUCUGUGAUAUCAGAUCACUUUUCAAAGGCAGGAAGCGUUGCAAGAGGCCUCCUCAAGAAGGCUAAUUUACUUUAGGAAUAGGAAGUGUAGUUGAGAUGCUUACAUCAAAAUAUGUAUAGUUUGUGACAGGAAAUUUACUAGAGUAAUUUCUUGUUAUGCAUGGGCUACUGUAAACAAUGGCUCGUUCAUUACAGUUUUUGUGGAAAGUGUGAAUGAAUCAGUUCAAUUAGCUACCGAGUGCUCUCCGCCCUUUGAUUAAAUAAAUCUCUUUAGGCAAAGUCUUCAAGUUGAAAACGAAGCCAUUCAUAAUCGUUCCUUUGUUAGCGUUUUAACACAUCACGCGUUAACAUAGUUUAAAUAACUUUUGGACAAAAUUAUUGGCGUUUUGCUGAUGUACUUUGCUUUAAGAGACGCUUGUAAGACUUCAGCGUUAUCGCCUUCCAAUCAGAGCGUUUGAGGGUCCGUUGAUAACAAUUGCCACUGAUUUCUAAGCCUUCUAGCGCGCAAAAUCAUUCAUCGCGCGUGAAUGGCGACUAGUCCUGUUCUAACAAAACUAAGAAACGUGCGCCCCUACAUUUCACUUCUCCGCCCCCCUGAUAGUUCUUUUGUCACACUAACUCGUUAUCUUUCUUUUCCCUCGAAAUUUCUUUCUCGUGAUUGUUGUUAGAAUUUCCUGUUUCGAAGUCGUUAUCAAGACGGUUCCCGCCUUUUCACUGAUUUUUGAUUGCGACUUGUCCAGCAACGAGUCAUUAAAAAGCUGAAAGCGUUUUCGUAGGUGUCAAUUGCAUGUUCAUGGCGUGAAACAGUGUGAAAAGAGUGCCAUAAUUAAUACGAACCUCUCCACAACACGCUACAAAGAACAAGCCAAUCUCAUUGACACACAACAAAAGAACGGAACCAUUGUUUUCUAAACGGAAACAGCGCCCGCUGUGGUUUUCAUUCCAAUUUUUUUGGCUUUCUCUGUAAGAAGAAUUUAAGAGGCUCUAGAAGUUCAGUUGUAUCAGACUCGGAAGGUCUUGCUCGAACCAAAGUUCUGUAGGGGACCUCUUAAAAGAACCGCAGAUCCUACUUAGAAAUUACUGUCAAAACAACGUGAUAGGAAGAUCAAUUCGCACGUCGAACUGUCAAGUGACUUUUGAAAACUCUGCACUUAUAAGUGACUGUAAAUGCGAUUUACAUGUUCCUGCUAAGGAAGUUUGACACGUACUCUGUCCAGCCUAAGCAGUGAACAGUUGCUGCUGAAAAAUUGUCGCUACGCUUUUGAAGUCUCUCACUUUGUUUACUUCAGCAGUACUUUCUCUCUGGAAACAUGUCUCUAUCGAAUGUGGUGCGACGCACCGUCAUCCUGGUCAUUUUAAUUCUGUCAAAUGCUUCACUACAAUCCGCAAAUCAACACAUUGCAAGAAAAAAUGUCAAUGAAGUCACAACCACAAGAUCUCAACCGAAAAAAUCCAUACCGAAGACUCCUCAAGUCGACCAUGCACUGUGUAAACAACCGAUUUUUCCGAUUCUUCCCCCCGGCUGGGCCCUGCCACGCUCCUUGUGGUCUGUCCGCGCCAUGAUGUUUCUGCAGAUUUUACCGGACGGCACCAUUAACGGAACUCUGAGUGUUCAUGAACACACAAAACUGGCGAUGGAAGUUGUCGACAACUGCAGUGUGCGGAUAAAAGGCGUGGCCACUGAAAGAUAUCUCGCUAUGGGGAUAAAUGGAACCCUCGUCAGCCAGAUUCAUCCAGACCAGAUCAGAUCCAUUUUCAGAGUACAGUUAGAGAAGGAGUUUUUUACUUUCAAGAAUGGCGACUUUUUCAUCGCGUUGAAACAUGGCGGCACCACCAAGAAAGUCAGAGGAAAUCAAAAUGGUAGAAGUAACCGGCGGAGCACUCGCUUUGUAUUGCUGGACCGAAAACCGAGGAAACGAAGAUUUCCGUCAGCUGUCGGCUUGCAGAGAAUGAAAGACUUUAGACCGAAACUCUUUGAGGGUUUGAAAAAUCACUAACCUGAGAUAAGGAAGAAAAAUCGAUUUUUCUGGUAAAAUAGCAAGUCUUCUUGAGAACCGUACAUUAAGCAUUUGCAAUUUAAAAUCUUAGUCUAACGACCCCGAGUUUGUCUCAAUUUUUUUUGUUUGUUUGUUUUUCACCAUAAGCAAAAAGCAGUGAGAACAGUUCAACUGUUUUGUUUUAUUUGCUAAAAAGAGCAUGCUAAAUUAAGUAGUAUCGCAGCAGAGCUUGAAAUGAGUAAAUGAACUCAUCGGAGGAGAAAGGUGUUGUUAUUCUCUAUAUUUUCCUUCUCUGUAACUCCAAGUUCGAGUUAAGCAAUCAUUUAAUUAAAAAAUAAUAGGGACUAAAUUAACUUUUUUUCGCUUGUCAAAAAUCGGACAGAAAACUUUGUAAUAUUAAGACCUCAGAUAGUCUGGAUUUCCACUUCCUGAAGUUCCAAAAAGAUUACAUACGCUUAAAUGAGCCUAUCACCGCAACUUUUACAACUGGUGCAAUACACCAGCAGGAUUAAGUCUAAUCUCAGUUCCAGACCUUCAUCAAUUAAGCAGCUCUCGAUCAGGAUCAUUCAGGGUUUGGAAAACGCCAUAUAUUUUCACACACACACAAUCACAAUUCCUUUUCACACAGUUAGCUGCUUAGCUCUACCGCGUUGGCUUCCUAAAGCGUUUUGAAAAAAUAGAACUUAAUUUCACAGGAGCUAUAUUUCAGUCAAUCAAGUAGAUGAUUUAAAUCGUAUUGUCAGUUUAUUUAUAGAUUAACUGUUAGAAAGAGAACAAAAAUUAAAAAUAAAUUAAGCUCGAAAGCUGUGAAUAAAAUAUUGUAGUAUGUAACUUUUAUUUCUUUUUUCGGACUGGCAGACAGUGUCAGAUAAUAUGCUGUGAGGACCCCUGUAGGGCCUUGCUCACAUAAGUACAGCGGGUAAAAAAGUAUCUGUUUUAGUGCCAACUUAAACGAUGAAAUAUCAUUAUGCCAGUUUUAAGACCUUUUUAGAACGCUCCGUUCUCAUUGACAAUUUCAUGUGAACAAUAAGCGACAAUGAAUCAGAAGAAAUGCGUUUUCAAAUAAAAUACAUUUGUGUGGCUGGAGCCAGAGAUGAUCCUAUCGUCUAGGCAGUAAAAAUCAUUGUUAACAUAAUGAACAGACGCUAUAAGACCGUAUUGUAUCUAGAGAAAAGCAAGAAAGAAAACUAUCGUUAACAGUU